CAUUUGUAGUGCUGUCGCUGGUCUUGAGUUUUGAUGAAAUGGGUGUUGCUAUGAUGGUGUCGGUCAGAAUGGCUCCUCCUCUUCUUCUGAUCUUUCUGAUUAUGAUUCACAGGGUUUCUAGUGCUGAUUGGGGUGUGAGUUACAGUCCUUCACACAUCUGUGCACUAAAGAACUCAUCAGUGAUAAUGAACUGCACUUAUACAUACCCUACUGGAUUUAAGAUUGAGAAAGUGUUCUGGACCAAAAACCAAGUAAAGGGUGAAGAGAAUCCAGAUCUGUCUGAGGAUCCUGAAUACAGUCAGAGGCUUCAGUAUCUGGGAGACAAACAGCAGAACUGCGCCAUCAGACUGAGUCAUGUGACACAGAACGACCAACACAUGUACUGUUUCAGAUUCACAACUGAUAAAUCUGAUGGAAAAUGGACUGGUUAUCCAGGAGUGACUCUUACUGUCACAGAUCUUCAGGUGGAGGCUCCUGAGAGAGUGACAGAGGGUCAUAAUGUCAGUCUGACAUGUAAAAGCAGCUGCGCCCUGACUGACAGAGCAACAUUCAUCUGGUACAGAAACUCACAGCGAUUAACUGAGAGAAGAGACAGAAACAAUCAACUCCUGCUGCAGUCAGUCAGAAGAGAGGAUGCAGGCAGAUACAGCUGUGCUCUACAUGGACACACUUACAUCUCUCCUGCUGCUCAGCUCAAUGUCACCUAUCCUGGCAGUAAUAACACAGGGUCCAACAGUCAGUUUGGUCAGCUCUGGGAAGGACGUCUGAUGAUACUGUACAUAUCUGUCGGUGUGGUUUGUGGAGCUGCAGUUAUCAUAACAAUGCUUAUUUGGAGCAGCAGGAUGAAAAAGAGAAAAAACACAACUGAUACUCAGGUGAGAAAAAUGAGUUAUGUAAUUAACAGCCUCAUCAAUAACUAA